AGAUAUUACUUUGAAUGAAUCAACCUCUGAUGUGUGUUGUGGUACAAAAGAAGGAGAGGAGAAGGAGGAGCCAGGAGGAGCUGGAGAGAAUAAAAACGAGGGGGACGAGUGUUCACCAGUGAAACAAUGAGACCAGACGGACUUUAGAUCCAGAUCACCAUCGCACACGACAACAGCUCUGAAUUCACGACAUGGCAACUAAAAUCCUCUACUUCACCGUGAACGGGAGACCGGAGAAGGCUGAGUUCCCCGUGGGUUGCCCUGCCGAGGAUGUCAAAGAUCUGUUCCGCUCUGCGGCCGAGGCCGGGCCUCAUGACAUCCUGAAGCUGUACAACCCCAAAGGCAACAUCAUCAACAUCUCCCCCAGUCUGGAGCCCAACGGCCCAAACGCCUUCUACAAGCUGGAGGUGGUGGCCGCCGACCGCAACAGUGAGACGUUAGGUGCAGGACUUGCGGGGGCACUUGGAUUUGACCUCUCCUCCAUGGAGAAAAGACUGCAGGGCCUGGAGAAGAGAAUCCUGAUCGAGGCCUGUGAGACGCCUGCAGUUGUGCACGAGAUGAAGAAACAGGUGGAUUCAUUCCAGGAGAAACUAGAGAGUGUGGAGCAUCUGAGCUGGCUGGGGUUGUUUAAAGACCUGUCCGAGGGAACGCACAAGCCCUCCCCCUUCUACCACAAGAGAACCCUACACAAAACCAGGAAGGAGUGCGAGCACGUCCGGGAGAAAUUUCUACAAAUGAGCUCCCUGCAGGUGUCCGAGGAGGUGAGGCAGUACUUAAAGACGCCGACCUUUGACAACUGGCAGUGGGAGGACGCUGAGAUCAUGGUGCUCCUGCAGGUCAUGUACACAGAUUUAGAUUUUAUAGCAGCUUUCAACAUCGAGCCAGAAGUACUGCAGCAGUUUCUCUUUGAGGUCUACCGAAGAUACAACAACAUCCCUUUCCACAACUUCAAGCACUGCUUCUGUGUCACCCAGAUGAUGUAUGGUUUGAUCUGGCUGACUGACCUGAAGAGCAAGAUGGACAGCGUGGACCUGCUGAUCAUGCUGACCUGUGCCGUCUGCCACGACCUCGACCACACGGGAUACAACAACGCCUACCAGAUAAACGCUCGGACUGAACUCGCCCUCCGCUACAACGACAUCUCUCCUCUGGAGAACCACCACUGCGCCGUAGCAUUUGAGAUCCUAGAGAAGACAGAGAGCAACAUCUUCAGAAACCUGUCAACGGACCAGUACAAACGGAUACGAGAAGGCAUCAUCAAGUGCAUUCUGGCCACUGAUAUGACACGGCACAACGAGAUUCUCAACAAGUUCAAAUGCAUCCUGCCGGCUUUUGACUUCACCAACAAGGAGCACAAAGAUGUGCUGAUGAUGAUUCUGAUCAAAGUGAGCGACAUCUCCAACGAGGCGCGGCCCAUGGAGGUGGCCGAGCCCUGGUUGGACUGUCUGCUGCAGGAGUUCUACAACCAGAGUGAUAAGGAGAAGUUAGAGGGUCUUCCAGUCACCCCCUUCAUGGACCGGGACAAAGUCACCAAGCCUUCCUCCCAAACAGGCUUCAUCAGAUUUGUCCUUUUGCCUCUCUUCAUCGAGCUGGCUAACCUCUUCCCCUGCUUGGAGCAACACAUCAUCGACCCGGUGAGGAAGGCCCUGGAUUACUACACGGAGAUGGAGAAAGCCCUGGAGAGGGAGAAACAGAUCCGGGCUCAGAGUGACAAUGCAGCCAAGAGCAAGGAGGCUGUGGGCCCGCCGGGUUCAGCGGAGCCUGAAGCCCUGAGAGCAGACGCUCAGUGAGCUGUGGUGGACGCCACCUUACCAGAAGAUUGUGUGGUUUUUUUUACACUUAUUUAAUGUAUUUCAACCAUCUAAAUGUGUACUUUUAUUUGUUUGUGUAGUGGGUAAAGCACAAGUAGUAUAUGCUGUUCUAGUCCAUUUGGGCUCUAAUUUAAUAGAAUGUUGUUGUAAUGUCACGUAAGUACAGUGCAACACAUUGUCUUGAUUUUUUCUAAUAUAUAAGAAGAAAAUCUGCAUUCUUUUACUCUCGUGGAGGAAGUCCAGACAAAAUUGCAUUCAUUAAUACAUUAAAUAUAAAGUAUUAAAAUCUUUCCUAUUGGUUUAGGAAGCAAUACCCACACUGGUCAUUGGUCAUAGUAAAAGUUACUUCCAAUGUCCCCACAAGUUGUCCACGUGAAGUCUUUGGCAUUACUGCAAUUGUGCAACUUUGAUAUCAAAUAAAUCUUAUACCUUUCAA